AUGCCUCGUACUUUACUAGAUACAAGCUACUCGGAGGAGAUGAAUAUAGUGCUGGGGAUGACUACUCGUUGUGUGGCUUCGGCGAUUGAGGGUGAAUACAAAGUGGCGGUGGCUAAAGAAUACCAGGAUCGAUAUACUUUUGAAGACGAUGGGGUAUCGGUGAGAGUACGAAGCCAAUUCCGAGAGUACCUCUUGCAAAAGGAGGGAUGGAGUUCUGAUUGCGAAACCCUUGCCCAGACCAUGAAGCUAGCCUACCGACACGCGAUGGCAUUCAAGAAGGACAUCGGAAGUGCGUUUAUCAUUCCAUUUUCAGCGAUUCAACCGAGAUGGUUUGGCCAGAGCCGAAUUUGCAUUGAAGAUAUCGCAGAGCUCGCGACUCCAUUCGUGGCAAAGAUCUUCAAGACAGAGACGGAUGACUCGGAACGUCCUCUCAGCGAAAAAGAAAAGUACCGCGCUAUGUCUCAGUUUGACACCUGGUGGCACGACAUGCGUCACGGCAAUGUUAGCAUGACCAAUAAAAAAAAAGACACUAGUGACGGCAAGAAGGAUGAUAAUGAGGACGGUUCGGGUGCUGCUGGUGGAUCUGUUGGUGGAAGUACGCCUUCGCCUAAAGCGGGGGUUAACGAAGGACUACAGGAUUACUAA